AUGGAGCCGCUGGACUCCAGUCUGGAGCUUGAGCUCUCGCCCGUGCAGAAGAAGAUGACCCAGCCCAAGUCACCCAAUAGCGUGGACGUCUCUAAGAGCCGUCGGCUUCCCGCGGAGGUCCGGCGAGCACGUCACCGCGACCGCAUGCAGCGUCAGCGUCUGGCCGAGAAGAAAAGUAUCGAAGUCAAACGUGUGGAGGACGAUCACUGGAAAGGCCAGAGCACGGCCGCCAGACUCGUACAGCAACGGUAUCUAAGUCUGGUGCUCAAGCAAGGUACGAUCACCGAAGAGAACCGACGACUGACCGAGAGAUUCCGCGAAUGGCAAAAAUUCACCAAGUUAUUAGGCGGCGGCGUUGGCCGCUGGAUCAUCUUCUCUGAGGAUGAACCAGUCAUUUUCUACCAGCCUAUUGCACGCAACACGUGUCUUGAACUCGCCUUUACCACGUACCAACGUGUGCAGGAAAUGCUCCGUGGCCCCGGAGCCAGGGAAUUGUACGACGAAGCGUUCGGAUGGAAAGUGUACUUUUCCAUGCAUGAGGACAAAAUGGGUAAAAACCGCAUGCAACACCGGUUUACUAAGAGAAUCAGCGCUAUCGACGCCAAUGGCGAACGCGUCACGGGGGAUACGCUAGCGAAGACAACGUGGAAAAUCAUCAGUACGCCAGAACUGUACUCACAGAUGUACCGUAGUCCCAUGACGUCGAAAAUGCUGCAGAAUGUGGACGCACACACAAGUGUGUUGAUGCGUACAUUUCCUGACGCCAACGCCGUGAUGCGCAUGCGUUUCGUGUGUCUGGUCGUACAGGUUCAGGACUGCGUGAUCGACCAGAACGGGGGAGAGAGCGACACGAGACGUCGAGUGACGAUGCUGACGUCGAUCCUCGACCCCGACAAGUGCUUUCCUCGAGCCAACACGCGCGUGCACGACCCACAAACCGAGUGGAUGCGCGAAGGCAUGAGCUACUUGUCAUUCACGGAGAUUGACGAAGACAACAGCGUCGAAAUUGAGUAUGGAGGCCUCACGAAUGUGGACACUGAGACGGCCUCGUGCACGGGCUUGCCGUUCGCAACCAUGAAUAUGGGGGAAGCACUUGUUCGCUGGGAACAACUCGUGACACCCAUGCGUACAUUGUCGAUCACCGGAAAGUAG